GCGGGGCAGGGGCGCCGGCCGGAGCGCGAGGCCCCAGCGCUGGCCGAGUCCGAGGCGCCCCCCGCGCGCCCGCACGAUGCAGGCCAUGGACGCGGCCGUGGCGGAUUUGUACGAGGAGGACGGCAAGGACCUAGCGGGCUACGACUUCGAGCCGCUCCCCACUCUGCCGGAGGACGAGGAGAACGUGUCCCUGGCCGACAUCCUGUCGCUGCGGGACAGCGGCCUCAGCGAGCAGGAAGCGUGGGCCGUGUGCCUGGAGUGCAGCCUGUCCAUGAGGAGCGUUGCCCACGCGGCCAUCUUCCAGACCCUCUGCAUCACGCCUGACACCCUGGCUUUCAACGCCAGCGGGAACGUGUGCUUCAUGGAGCUGCUCAGCGAUGACCCCGAGGGUGCCUUUGUUCCCCCAGAGUUCGAUGUGACCGGGAACACCUUUGAGGCUCACAUCUACUCUCUGGGGGCCACGCUGAAGGCGGCCCUCGAGUAUGUGGCCGAGCCCGAGCCCGAGCCCGAGCCCAGGCUGAGCCAGGACCUGGAGGCCUUACUGAGCCAGAUGCAGGCAGAGAACCCCAGGGACCGGCCAGACCUCCAGAGCAUCAUAGCGCUGUGUGAAAAGAAGAUGCUUUUCACGUCCUCCUGCCGCCUGUGCCGGAGCCUCUCGGCCGUCGGGAGGAGGGUGCUCUCCAUUGAGUCUUUUGGAGCAUUUCAAGAUGUCAGCGAGAUCUCCUGCAGCGGGAGGCCGGCGACAGGAAGCACAGGGCCCAGAAAGCAGCCCGGGGGCCGCACUGCGGACGCAGAGGGCCCCGCCCAGCGCCCCGCCCACGAAGCCCACGGCGCCCCGGAGCAGCCCGCGGCCCUGCCUUCCAAGCCCCUACUGUCGGCCCCCGUGAGAAACGGAGAGCGGCUGGCCAGCCUCGUCUUGGACGCCCAACGCCCCCCGGGUGACCCGGAGAGGAGCUGCCUGAGGAAAGUGCAGACGUUCCCCAGGCUCCUGCCCGACGGCCCGGAGGCCAGCGCCCUCUGCCUGACGCUGGGCCCCCAGCUGCCCCCAUCGGAGCUCUUCCCUCCAGACCCCAGGAAGGCCUUUCUGGAGGGGAUGAAUGGCCUUUCCAGCUACAAGACACAGCCCUCGGCCAGACUGCGGCCAGAGCAGGAGCCCGAGAUCCGGCGGGGAGGACCCGGAGGCGCCGGCAGAGGUGGGGACGGGGCGUCUGGGGCGCCGGGCUGGGGCCCCACGGAGGAAAGCCCCGCGCCCCGCCCCAAGGCCCCUGGAGAUGCAGGCCGAGAGCCCGGGACUUGCAGGGCUGAGGAGGGGAUUCUGGACGGAGCUGGGGAGCCGGCUAGCACAGCCACAGAGCAGGGCAUCUCCCUGCAGGACCUCCUGUGCCAGCUGGGCCGGCCCUUCAAGGAGUAUGAGCUCUGGGCUCUGUCCCACGCGUGUCUCAGUGCUCUGCGUGCACACAGCGAGCACCCAGCAUACCUGUGCCUGGACUCCGUGCUGGUGGCCGAGGACGGGGCCGUUCUCUUCGGCCCACCCCCUGCCAAUGGCACUUACGACGCGUUUUUUCUGGCUCCUGAAGCUGCAGACCAAGAGCUGGUGACGGAGAAGGCCUCCGUGUACUGUGUGGCUGCGGUCCUGUGGACGGCAGCCAAGUUCAGUGUUCCCCGAGACCACAAGCUGGCCCUGCCUCGCAGGCUCAAGACCCUCCUCUUGGACAUGGCUAGACGCAGCGCCCAGGAGCGGCCGUGUGCGGCAGAGGCCAUCAAGAUAUGCAGCACUUACCUCCUUCAGCGAGGCAUGGACAGCAGGAAGAUUUUAGCCCACCUGAGGGCGUCCACCUGCAAGGUUGACCAGGAGGAGGAGACCAUCGGCCUCCAGAACGCUCUCUCGGUGGUGGAGCUGAACCCCAGUGCGAUGCCGCCUCCCGGGCCCAGCUCAGGCUUUGUUCAGGUCGGAGGGGACAGCAGGCUGGUGGCAGUGCAGGGGCCCGUGCCCACUCAACCCUCCUGCUGCGAAGCGGCCGCCUCCCUGCCGGCCGCCUUCACCUCGGCAGCCACACACUUCAAGCCCAUUGUACUGGCACCAGAUGCAGGUGACGCCAGGGACCGGGAGGGCGCUGCGAAGCAGGCUCCCGAGACCCAUGGAGCAGCCCCCAGCCAGCAGAUUCCUGACCAGCUGGUACCGGGUGCCGGACCACAGGGAGCAGCCCCAGAGCCUCUCAGAGAGUCCAUGCCGAGAGACACGGGCCAGGGGAACCCCUGCACCCCUCCCCCUGCCCCGGCCAGCCCGCCGGAGGAGGCUUCACCAGCGAUGCCCGCAUCUUCUACGGCUGUCCCACCCCUGAAGGCACAGGUGCCCCCCACGGAGCAAGGGCCAGACCCAGUAGCCCUGCCUGGAGCCUCUUCCGAGGGCCUCAGGCCUCGGCCCCCAGGGUCCAGUGCAGCCCGCCAUGACCUGGGUCACCCAGCCAAGCCGCCCAGGAGCAAGGCCACUGAGGGCCCAGGCCAGGAGCCGGGGGGUCCCCCGUCAGCCCCGAGGGACCCCUCCCUGGCCAAGGCGAGUCCAGACAGCCCUAAGGGCACCUCGGUCCCAGAGCAGGAUGACCAGGCCCCAGACAGUCACCGCGAGCGGCCCCUGCCAGCAGACCGCAAGCUCUGUCCGCCCAGUGUGGACGCCUCACCCCUCCCGAAGAGGACGGCCUGUCCGUCGCUGCAGGAGGCCAUGCGCCUCAUCCAGGAGGAGUUUGCCUUUGACGGCUACUUGGACAACGGGCUGGAGGCUCUGAUCAUGGGGGAAUACAUUUACGCCCUGAAAGACCUCACCUACGCCACGUUCUGUGGGGCCAUUUCGGAGAAGUUCUGUGACCUGUACUGGGGGGAACAGUUGCUGCACAAUCUCUUCCACGUGGUGAACGGGAGGGCAUCGCCCCCGGAGAACGCUUCAGAGGAGGCCGUGUCACAGCCCCAGGGUGACGGGACUAGCGCUCCAAGUGGCUGCUCAUUGUCCAGCAAAAGGCCAUCGUUGCACGGGGCGGGGAAGGAGAAACCGGCCACCGCUCGCAUCAGCCGAGCCCCCUGCCCGCCCCCACCACUGUCCGACGUGGACGCAGACGAGCUCUCACGGGGUAACUUUGAGGUGGGAUUCCGGCCUCAGAAGUCUGUCAAAGCCGAGCGGGAACAGCAGCCGGAAGCCGGAGAGCACGGGCAGCAGGGUGGGGGCCCCGAGGCAGUGGCCCGGCUGCCCCGGCCCAAGGACGGCGGCCUGGCCGUGAACCCCGGCCCGGCGGACCUCCAGAGCUGCAGCCCCGGCUGGUGCAGUGCCUUCUACGAGGCCGACUGCUUCGGCGCCGACGUCUACAGCUACGUGCAGGAGUUGGCAAGGCAGAAAGCCGGUGGGGCCAUGGAUGCCGACGCCCAGAGCCCGGCGUCUCUGCUGGAACCCGAAUGCCGCCAGGAGCUGGAGCAGCAGCUCAUGAUAGAGAAAAGAAACUACCGGAAGACUCUGAAGUUCUACCAGAAGCUCUUACAGAAAGAGAAGCGAAACAAAGGUUCCGAGGUGAAGACCAUGUUGUCCAAACUGAAAGGGCAGCUGGAAGAAAUGAAGUGCAAGGUGCAGUUCCUUGGACUGGUCAAGAAGUAUCUGCAGGUCAUGUACGCCGAGCGGUGGGGCCUGGAGCCCUGCGCCCUGCCCGUGAUCGUGAACAUCUCGGCGGCCCACUGCGACACGCUGGAUUUCAGCCCCCUGGACGAGUCCUCGUCCCUCAUCUUCUACAACGUCAGCAAGCACCCGCGCGGCGGCAGGCAGAGGAAGGCCCGCGUCCUGCAGGCCGGCACGCCCCUGGGGCUCAUGGCCUACCUCUACUCCAGCGACGCCUUCCUGGAGGGCUACGUGCAGCAGUUCCUGUACACCUUCCGCUACUUCUGCACACCCCACGACUUCCUGCACUUCCUGCUGGACCGCAUCAACAGCACCCUGUCCAGGGCUCACCAGGACCCCACCUCGACCUUCACCAAGAUCUACAAGCGAAGCUUCUGCCUCCUGCAGGCCUGGCUGGAGGACUGCUACACCGUGGACUUCACUCGGAACUCCGGGCUCCUGGGCAGGCUGGAGGACUUCCUCUCUUCCAAGAUCCUGCCCCUGGACGGCUCUGCAGAGCGCCUGCUGGGCCUCCUGGAGGUGGGCACUGACCGGCGGGCCGAGGGCACCUCACGUGGCACAGACCUGGAGGGCCCCAAGGAGGCAGAGGAGGACACCAGGCCUCUCAACGCCCUCUGUAAGAGGCUCUCGGAAGACGGCAUCUCCCGGAAGAGCUUCCCCUGGAGGCUGUCCCGGGGCAACGGGCUGGCGCUGCCCCACCACAAGGAGCGCCAGUACACCAUCGCGUCUGCCCUGCCCAAGCCCUGCUUCUUCGAGGACUUCUACGGCCCCUAUGCCAAGGCCAAUGAAAAGGGGCCCUACUUCCUGACGGAGUACAGCACCCACCAGCUCUUCUCCCAGCUGACGCUGCUGCAGCAGGAAUUGUUUCAAAAGUGCCAUCCCGUCCACUUCUUAAACUCCCGGGCCCUGGGCGUCAUGGACAAAAGCGUGGCCAUCCCCAAGGCCAGCUCCUCCGAGCCUCCGACCGCCAAGACGUGCAGCUUGUUUCUGCCCAACUACGUCCAGGACAAGUACCUGCUGCAGCUUCUGAGAAGUGCGGACGACGUCAGCACCUGGGUGGCUGCUGAAAUCGUGACCAGCCACACCUCCAAGUUGCAGGUGAAUUUACUGUCCAAAUUUUUGCUGAUCGCGAAGUCUUGCUACGAGCAAAGGAACUUUGCGACAGCCAUGCAGAUCCUGGGCGGCCUGGAGCACCUCGCAGUGAGGCAGUCCCCCGCCUGGAGAAUCCUACCCGCGAAGAUAGCAGAGGUCAUGGAAGAGCUGAAAGCCGUGGAGGUCUUCCUGAAGAGCGACAGCCUGUGUCUUAUGGAAGGACGGCGCUUCCGGGCCCAGCCCACUCUGCCCUCGGCGCGCCUCCUGGCCAUGCACAUCCAGCAGCUGGAGACGGGGGGCUUCACCAUGACUAACGGGGCCCACAGAUGGAGCAAGCUCAGGAACAUAGCCAAGGUGGUGAGUCAGGUCCACGCGUUCCAGGAGAACCCCUACACGUUUGCCCCCGACCACAAGCUGCAGUCCUACCUCAAGCAAAGAAUCGCCCGCUUUAGCGGGGCCGACAUCUCCACAUUGGCGGCCGACAACAGGGCCUCCUUCCACCAGAUCACCAGCGAGAAGCACUCCCGCAAGAUCCAGGACAAGUUACGGAGAAUGAAAGCCACGUUCCAGUAACGGGACGGUGGAUGUGAUGAGAAUGCCAAAUCGGGGACAGGACUGGGGCAGAAAAGAGCCGCCCGCUUGCCGUCCAGGCCCAGGAAGCCCGUGCAGCCCAGCGUCUGCUGCCCCGGACGGGGGACCCCCAGUGCAGGAGCCAGGGCCCAGCCGGGGCGUCGGGGUGCAUGCCCGGGGGGCUCUGGGGGGUGGAGGCCCGAGGGCCUUGCCGAGAGGGAGAGGAUGGGGGCUCUGGUGGAGGUUGGGGUAUUGCUGCUAGUUUAAAACUAUAUUUUAAAAUUAACACAAAAAUAGAAUAAGUAAACUCCCCAGGAGCCACAUACCCACUUAUACUUCUUAGAGAUAAACCGCUCUCUGCCAACUCUCCAGGGAUCCCGCCCCCCCAAAACCCCACAGCCACCCACCCUGACUCAGAGCAUUGUUUUCUUGAGUCCAGCUUAUGUCUGCCCAGCAACCAAGGACCAAACUGACCUCUGACCCCCAUGCCAACCAUAGGCUCCAGGGGUGUCCGAAACCUUCCCCUGGGGCCCUGAGGCUUCCUUCCCAGUGGCCCAAGCCCCAGCCUGGGCCCACACUCCUACCCUCAGGCCUCCUCCCACCCCACAAAACCCCCCUCCCCACCCCCAGACCUCCCCCAUACCUCACACCUACCCCUGUCUCCCAACCUCCCGCUCCCCACCCCAGGCCUACUACC